AUGCCGGUCUUCGAGAGGACAACGAGGGCCUGGAGACGAAGGGACACUUUCCCAAAUAUUAAAGCGGCAGGGAAAGUUCUACCACAAGGAGACAAGGCAGGGGCAUGUCUGCAGGAAGUAACACCAGCGCCUGAGACGCCCCCUGUGGUUAGGAAGUUCCUCAGGAGUUCGUAUCCUGAGCCGGGGAGCAUCCGUGUGUUCUUCGGGAAAGCAAACGACCCUGAUGUUGCCGGCACUCUGGUGCAUGGAAUAACCACUAGGACGUCUAUCGAUGCUGGAUCUGUGAUCAAUCCGCCACCUAAGACCCGCUACCAAGAGAAGCUGCGAGAGCUUAAUGAGGCCAUUUAUGGCAGCAGACAGAAAGCUCCAUUUGGAAGGUCUCAAGUUAUGGGUCCUGGACUUCCAAAUGGUCUUGAUCCUGAAAAAACAACUUUUGGUGUUAAAGUACUUCAUUCUUUAAAUGCUGGCGAUAUCAUCAAUCCACCAAAAACUGCAGAGCAGGUGGAACAAGAAGCGCAGCGCAGACAUGAGCAAUACAUCCGUUCACACAGUUCCUACUUUGUUGGUGAGCGUGUGAACAGAAAGUACGACUCGAGGAGCUACAGAAAGGACAGCACGUUUGGUGUGGCCACUCCACAUCGCAGUGACGGACACAAUGCCAGAAAGUCUCUCCAAUGGCUCGGCGAUACACAAGCGAACUACAGUGCAAAAUUUGUCUCGAAGCGAUGUGACGACUUCAGAGAGAGGACGCAGUCGCAAAUCGGCAAAGUCCAUGACCCAAUCGCAGACACCUUGAGGGUUCCGGCUGAUCACACAUUCGGAGUGUUGCUCCAUCGUGAUGACUUUGGUGCAGCAGACAUCCUGCAUGCCACACCACCUUCAGAACAAAGGAAAGGACAGGACAGAUGUCAAGCUAAGGUCAACGUCAUACGACAGCACCUGAAGAAGGCCAACUUCCACAACUUCCCCUCUUUGCUGCAAGCAUUCAGACACUACGAUAAGAAACGCCAGGGAAGUAUCGAUAAAGAAGACCUGCGGGAUGUGUGCCGCGAGUUUAACCUCGACCUUAGCACAGACAUUCUGGAUGACCUCAUGGACUACUGCGACACUGAUAAAGACGGGUUAAUCAACUUUCUGGAAUUUGCAAAUUUCCUUAAUUGGAAGGAUAAAAUGCCAAUCAGUCGAGCAGAGCAAAGAAUUUUAACAAGAGAGCAGAAACCCAGCACGGCCCCGGCUGUCAGCGUGAGAGCUGAGGUGCAAGAAGCAGACACAGAGGUGCCAGCUGAAAGUGAAACUCUGGUCAAGAAUGAAGACCUGGAACCUAUAAGGGUGGGGAGCACACUGAAAACCCCGAAAACGCUGUGCAGAACCCGGGCAGAACCAGGGCGCUUCAUCACCUCUUCGUCUGUCAACUGCAGUGUCGUGGGUGAGCGUGGUGCUAAUGAUUAUCGGAUAUAUGGCGUUCCGUCAGUGCGUACAGAUUUAGCUGCCCCGCGUAUCAAACGCAUCAGUGACCGAACAAACUAUGGUGAAGAGGGCACAGCGUAUGAACUGCUGUGUCCCACGCUGUACUCGCUGUUCGGGGUGCACGAGAGACAUUUCUUCUGCCCUCGCACCAAGGACGAGAUGAAGCAGAUUUUCCGGAACGCCGGCCCACGUAUUCCCGAUCAGACGUUUGAAGAGGCUUGGAGCUCGGCUUCCCGGAGUCACCCAACCGGGGAAGUGUGUGUGGAGAGUUUUCGGAAAGUCCUCAGUGACCUUCAGGCAAAUUAG